AUGAGCUUGCACCAUCAAAAAAGGAUUAGGGAAAUAAGAAAGAUACUCAGUAAUUUGGAAAGCAGAAUAGACAUAAUAGAGUCAUUGAAGAGAUUUAAAGACAUAGUGCUUGUCAAUGAAGAUAAUGAUUUGAUUGUUCUUGUAAUACAAAAGGUUCAUAGCAUUCUGUACAGCUCAUAUAACAUUGAAUAUAUAGAAAUCCUCUUAGAUAUUAUUCACAGCGAAGAAGCAUUUGACGAAUUAUUCAGGAUAAUUUUCAGUUUUGAAAAUAGACCAUGUCUUCCCAGAAUCAUAAACAAGCUCAGGAAUAAGAAUGAACUAAUAAUAUUCAAGUAUCUCAAGGAAUUGAAGAACAACAGAUUAUUUAACAAUCUUUCCAAAGAAAUGGAUAAAAGAUAUAAUGAAAUUCUUGAUACAGUUGAUUUUGAUCACUAA